GGUCUCAAGAGUAUAAAAGCGCGCGAGUGUGGGCGGAUUGACUAACAGAGUGUGUUUGUGUCGUUGUUGUGAAGAAAACUGAAAAUGGUGCAACUUUCAAAAACUGGAGCGAAAGACUCGCUAAGAGCUGGUCAUCCUCCUGCAGUGAAAGCAGGAGGAAAAAGAGUCGUGAAGAAGAGCGCUGAUGAUGGUGGAAAUCUGGAAAAGGAGACCAAGAAAUUUGACAAAACCAGGUCCCUGCCGACCCCGUCCAGAAUGCAGCAUUUGAGUCUUCUCCUGGCUGGGCCGCUUGAGAAGUUUGGUCAUGAUUUCCCAGAGAUUCCCGUUUCUGUGCGACACAGCCGAGUCCGGCCGAGCGUGGAGAAGCCGCACGUCUCGCGCAUCCCCUGCAUUCAACAGCCACGCAAGUUUUGAGCCACAAUGGCCUCCACUUCUGAGCUUCUGACCAUGUGACAUGCAGAAGACAACCAGGAGGUGUGUUUGUAGGUGAAUGUUGAGCAUUAUGGACCUGACUUGGUAGCCUUGUAACAAAGUUACUGUUAUGUGACUUCUCUUCAGGUUGUUUGUUGCAAUAUUUGUAGCUUUGCAGUUUUGUGUGGAAUAUUCAAUAACCCACUCUGAAUUAAAGAUGUUGGAAAGAGUUAGGCUUCUGCUUCACUGACAGUGUUUGCUUGCCAUUUAUUGUAGCGUUAAUAUGCAUGGAGUUUCUGGAAACUAUUUUUGAUAAUCAUUGAAACCAAUUGUUUUCCUACUCUUUUACAAAAUGAGACUUUUAUACUAGUAAAAUUAACUUUUCCAGCAAA